AUGAAGAUUAUUAGAUUCCUUAGCCUCAUCUCUGCUGCCUCGGCAUUUUCCUCUUUCACCGGAAGUUCGCUUCCUCGUGUCCCGAGAUCAUCAUCAUGCUUGGAUAUGAAGUACACCGUCGUCUUGGUGAGACACGGUGAAUCCACUUGGAAUGAAGAGAACCGUUUCACUGGAUGGUACAACUGCCCACUGAAUGACAAGGGAAAAGGAGAAGCUCUUCAAGGGGCACAGCUUCUGAAAGAGGAAGGCUUCAAAUUCGACUUGGCGUACACCUCUACUUUGCAACGCGCCAUCAAGACUCUUUGGAUCGUUUUGGAGGAGAUGGGUCUCAUGUAUAUUCCGAUCGUCAAUACUUGGCGAUUGAAUGAACGUCAUUAUGGUGCCUUGCAAGGAUUGAACAAGCAAGAAACUGUAGACAAACAUGGAAAGGACCAGGUUCUAGUUUGGCGCCGAUCCUACGACAUUCCUCCACCACCUUUGGACGAAAGCUCGGAGCACUACCCAGGAAAUGAUCCCACGUACGCCGAUGUUCCAAAGGCCGACCUUCCACUCACUGAAUCGUUGAAAUUGACCGAAGAUCGUUUCAUGGUUGCAUGGGAGAACGAAAUUGGACCUAAGAUCAAGGAAGGAAAGAAAGUUAUCAUUGCUGCACACGGAAACACGCUUCGCGCAUUGGUCAAGCAUUUGGAUGGAAUCUCGUCAGACGAAAUUACUGGAUUGAACAUCCCCACUGGUGUCCCACUCGUCUAUGAGCUUGAUGACGAUCUCAAGCCCAUUCCUCACCCUGAUGGUAUUGCCCCUUUGACUGGUCGCUAUUUGGGAGACCUAGAGGAGGUGAAGCAGCGUAUUGGAGCCGUAGCGUCGCAAACUAAGUGA